CUGGUCCGGAUUUUAGUGCUUGCGUUGGAAAUGACUACAGCGCUCUAGUUUCUUUUUCUGCGAACAUACCUGACGAUGAAUUAUUUUGUUGUGGAGGUAGUCAAUGCACCUCUCUGUCUUCAGGAAGUUGUCCUCUAGGUAUCAACGUGGCUGAUUUUCAAGGAGAAUGUGCUAAAACUGGUCAAUCGACAUUUUGCGUAGUUAAGGGUUAUUAUAAUUCACUCCCCAGUCAGCUCCCAGCAAAUACUUUAAGUCGCGAGAGUACUGUUCCUAACAAAUUUAGCUGGUUAUGCUGUAGCGACAAUAGUUGCACUGUGCCAUCUAAUGAAGUAACAAUAACUUAUACGAACGGCCAAUAUGAAGCUGGCACCAAUUGUGCAACCGGACAGUAUAGUCUAAUAUGCUUUGCAGAUAAUGGUGGUUGGACUUGCACGGGUAGCAUAGGUUCUAAUAUUCCCAAUCUCUUGCAACCCUUGGGCAGUUGCGUAGAACAAGUAGCAAUAAACAAUCCCACUUCUAAUACUUCCACAACUCCCACAAAUCCCACAUCUGUUUCCACAUCAACAUCUACUUCUAUUAUCGGUCAUAGUUCUAUUGAUUCCGUAUCUACUUCCUCAUAUUUGGCGGGUCAAAGUUCUGCAACUCAACAACAGUCGCCGACUGAAACUCAUACUGGAAGUGGUAACAGUAAACUUUCACCUGGAGUAGUUACUGGCAUUUUCCUUGUAGUUAAUGUAGCUGGUUCGGAUUUUAGUUCUUGCGUCGGAGGCGACUAUAACGCAUUAGUCUCAUUUGCUAGUAACGUACCUGACGAUGAAGUAUUUUGCUGUGGCGGUGGUCAAUGUACCUCUUUGUCGUCAGGAAACUGCCCGUUGCCUGUUAAUGUGGCCAAUUUUCAAGGGCAAUGUGCUAAAAUAGGGCAAUCAACAUUUUGUGCAGUUAAAGGUUAUUCUAGUUCAUUUUCCAGCCUUCUCCCGGGUCAAAUAUGUGGAGGAAUAGCAGGAGACGCUGCGGCAACUAAUAACACAGUGGGUACUUGCCCCAGUUAUGAUGCCAUUGGCAAUACUUUAAGUCGCAAGAGUACUAUUCCUAAUAAAUUUAGUUGGUUAUGCUGUGAUAAUAAUAGUUGCGACCUUCCAUCUAGUGACGAAAUAACAAUAACGAACACGAAUAACCAUUACGUGGCCAACACUAAUUGUGCUGUUGGACAGUACAGUUUCCUGUGUUUUGCUGAUGACGGUAGUUGGUGCUGCACGGGUAGCCAUCAAUACAAUCAGAAACUGGAAUUACCACAGUUAUGA